UGGGCCCGUCGAUCCCACAAUGCUGGCAACGGCAACGAGCAACCAGAAUACGUACGGCUCCCUGGCCGUGGACCUCGACCGGAAUGACGAAGAAGACGACGACCAGGAACAAGCCACAACGAGGCCGCUCUUGCCGCCGCCUUUGCCGCGUCACCGACGACGCGAGAUGGCAAUGCGUCGACAGGGUCAGCAGAGUUCGGUGCUCGACAAGCUCUUUUCCGACGGCAAGAAGACUCAGUCCAAAAGGAGCGUACGAAAUAGGAUGAAUCAAGGACCUGCUCUACCACCGGCAUCCUCCACGAUCUUUUCCAAUUCCAAGGCCUCCCAGGACGAUACCGUGCUACCGGAUCGCCGGAAACAUCAACAACACCGACAUUCUUUUGUGUAUACUUUGUUGAAUCCACAUUCCAAGCGAAUACAAGCGGUUGCUUAUAAACGUUUCAUCUCCGUCGUCAUUCUCGUCGACUUGCUCUUUUUCAUCACGUCCACCGACGAACACAUCAUGGCUAAACACAAAGACUUUUUCCACUUCAGUGAAGGCGUGUCCAGUACCAUCUUCCUCAUUGAAUAUUUCUGCCGUUUGGUGAUCAUUACAGAAAGCAAGCGCUAUAAGGCUGCUGGCCCCCUUUUCGGUCGCCUGCAGUACCUGCGCAGCUGGCCCGCCCUGAUUGACUUGUUCGCCACCCUACCCUUCUUUCUCGAAUACCCCACGGGCUGGAACUUGCCCACGCUCACUUACUUGCGCUUUUUCCGACUCUUUCGAAUUUUGAAAACCGAAGGAUACAUCCGAGCCAUGGACGCCAUCUACCGUGUGGUCUACUACAAUUCCGAAAUUCUCUACGUCGCGGCCUUGCUCUGCAUUUUCCUCAUUCUCGUCACGGCCGUCUUGUUGUACUACCUCCGCCCCGCCAACAAGGAAGACGCGGAAGACUUUGGAUCCAUCGCGGCAACCUUUUAUAUGAGUACGCUCAUGCUGACUGGUCAAGGCGGACCAAGCGGAGAAUUGCCCUGGUACACGAAGAGUAUUGUGCUCCUCACGUCCGUAUUCUCUGUCGCCAUGUUUGCCAUUCCGGCCAGUAUGCUGACGUGGGGAUUCGAAGCCGAAGCCGAACGCAUGGCCAAACAAGCGCACAAACGAUUACUGCAACGGCGCUCGACGCACGGUUCGUCGACGACGUCCACGGACGAUUACGAAUCAGAGAGUCCGGACGACGAUUCUACGGACGAGGAGUACUUUCGCAUCAUUGCGGGGGCCGACGAAGAAGGUGAUGGCGAAAACGAUACACCGUGGAUGAAAGAAAUGAGGGAACGAUUUAUCAAAGCUGACGGGAACAUGGACGGAACCUUGACCCUCAAAGAGUUUUUUCAACUCCAAGCGUCCAUGGGGGAGGACCCUCACGAUAUCACGUCGUCUCAAACGGCACUGGUCAAUGCGAGUAUGAUGUCACGUAUGGAAGCUCUGGAAAGCACGGUCGCAGCCAACGCGCUCAAGCUUGAUCAGAUUUUGGCGGUCUUGUCCGACUCUACGAAAGGACGUCGGUAG